UUGCCUAGCUUGGGUGGACCGGUUGAGAGCUGCGCUUCGGGGGUUCGCGAGCAGCCCCCUUCCAGCCAGAGGCAGAGCCUGCCCGGCCGGCCGGGUCUCGCCCUUCCAAGAAAAGCCGGUGGAGAGAUGGAGGGACGCCGGAGGGGUUGCUGGACCGAGGAUCUCGAGGCUUGCAGGGGAGGGGAGGCACCCAGUCCUGCUCCUGGCUUUGCAUGCAAGGGAUCAUCCGACAUUGGGGGGGGGGGGGGGGGAGAGAAGCCCCCGGGAACCUCACAUUGGGCAUAAACCAGGUUUGCUUCGCAGCGUUCCUAGCAAAAGAGAAUCCAAGAAAUCCCUGCCUGGCACUCCCGUACCUUCUGCAAAGGCUCCUAUUUUCAGCUAUUUUGGGGUGGGGGACAUUGGAGGAGCUCCGAUUCUGUGCCUCGGAAUUCAUUUGUAAAACCUGCAAUGUUUUUCUUGCUGUCAGUGCAGGGGUGAAAUCCAAUUUUUUUUUUCCUAUCGGUUUUGUGGGCGUGGCUUAGUGGGCGUGGUGUGGCUUGGUGGGUGUAGCAGGGGAAGGAUGCUACAAAAUCUCCAUUCCCUCCCCACUCCAGGGGAAAGGGUACUGCAAAAUCCCCAUUCCCACCCCACUCGGGGGGGGGGGCAGCCAGAGGUGGCAUUUGCCGAUUCUCCGAACUACUCAAAAUUUCCGCUACUGGUUCUUCAGAACCUGCUGGAUUUCACCCCUGUGUCAAUGGAGCUCAGCUGCACUUCUUCUGCAGAGAAGACCCCCCCUCCAAAAUGAGGGUUGGUCUCCAAGGGGAGGAGGGGUCGAGACGGAGAGAGGAACAAACCUUGCAGCCUGUGCCUGAAACGUCUGGUUUUUGGCCCUCCCCCUUCCAAAAUGUCACUUUGCCCUCAUUUGGAUUAAACGAUCACAGUUUCUGAAGGAGAAAGUCGGUAAUUCCUGACGUUCAAAAUUAAAGAAGAAUAUUUGUAGCUCAGGGUUGAAGUUUCCUUUCUUUUCUUCCUUAGAUGUAAAAGCUGGAGGCUUCUUGAGAAUUGAAUGGCUUGAAAAUCUUCUCCGGGCUUCUCUGUGCAACCCCUUCAGACCGCAGGACUGAAAAGACAUCUGGAGGCCCAGGAGAUCCACAGGGCCCUUCUGGAUCCCUGUCAGACAAGAGGUCAAAAUGGAUGCAAUCCACCUGGUAUGGAAAGGAGUGGGGAAAGAUCCUGUUGCUACUCAGCCCGGGAGCUUUGGGGAAGUCUGGGCAGGACCCAGGCAGAAGAUCCCAGAGAUGGCAGCCCUCAGUUCUGAGAUCCAGCAUUGGCGCUUCAGGAACAGCCCCUUUCAGGAGGACGAAGGACCACGAGAGCUUUGCAGCCGCCUUCAUCAUCUUUGCUGGGGAUGGUUGCAGCCAGAAAAGCACACCAAGGCUCAGAUGUUGGACCGGGUGAUCUUGGAGCAGUUUUUGGCCAUCCUGCCCAGGGAGAUGCAGCGCUGGGUGCGGGAAUGCCGAGCGGAGACCACUUGCCAGGCAGUGGCCCUUGCCGAAGGUUUCCUGCUAAGCCAGGCAGAGGAGAAGGGAGUGCACCAGGUUCUAAGGUCCUUCCUGGAGGUGGGGGCUAAUUAUCCUGAAGAAAAGGUGGAUCCCACAAACCCUACUCAGAAGUCGUGUUUCAGAGGGAUCUCCAAGGAGAAACAUCAAUGUCAAGAUGUCUCACUAGGGAACAAAAUGGAGUCACCGUUGUUCAUUAGUUCCUCUCUUUGUGCUGGUGGAGCUAAAAGAGCAGCUGAACUUCCAGCUCAGGGUCCUGUGUCCUUUGGGGAGGUGGCCAUCCAUUUCACCAGUGAAGAGUGGUUGCUGCUUGAUCCCAGCCAGAAAGCCCUGCAUCAAGAAGUCAUGUUGGAGACAUGUAGGAUCAUGGCUUCUUUAGCAGUUGAUGAGCAGAAGAAUGACAAUUACCAAGAGCCAAAUCUGGUGCCAUUGCAAAUAAUAAAAAUUGAAAUCCCAGAAGAAAUAACUGCAGAUAAGUGGGGAAUGAGGAAACAUGAAAAAAACCAAGCUUACAAUGGCAAUGAAAUGUUCACUCUUCGGUGUGCAGGAAUGGAUCACUUUCUGACCCAAUGCAUUUUCAAGGAAAGCAACCUGCGCAACACUCAAGGGAGCGAGAAAAUGUUCAAAGGAAAAUCCAUGAUUAGUAAUGACUAUGAAAUUAAAAAGAGCAAUAAUAGCAACAUUAUUCCACAUAAAAUGAUCCAUAUGAAGGAAAAUUCCUAUAAAUGUGAGGACGGGAGAAACAGUUCCAGUUUGAUUAAUUCCCUUACUUAUCAUAAAAAGACCCGUAUGGGAGAAAAACCCUAUAAAUGCCUGGAGUGCGGAAAGAACUUCAGCAGCAGCAGUUACCUGACCAUCCAUAAAAGGAUCCACACAGGAGAAAAACCUUAUAAAUGCACAGACUGCGGAAAAAGCUUCAGUAUGAAAAGUUCCCUUACUUCUCAUAAAAGGAUUCAUACGGGAGAGAAGCCUUAUCAAUGUCUGGAGUGUGGGAAAAGCUUUGGGAACAGAGAUCAUCUGACCUCUCAUCAAAGGACCCAUACAGGGGAAAAGCCUUAUAAAUGCACAGACUGUGGAAAGACGUUUAAUUGGCAUGGCCACCUGACUUCUCACAAAAGGAUCCACACAGGAGAGAAACCAUAUAAAUGCCUGCAGUGUGGGAAAAGCUUCAGUAUGAACAGUUCUCUUACUUCUCAUAAAAGGAUCCACACUGGAGAGAAACCCUAUCAAUGCUUAGAGUGCGGAAAAAGCUUCAGUAUGAACAGUUCUCUUACUUCUCAUACAAGGGUUCAUACUGGAGAGAAACCCUUUCAAUGCCUGGAGUGUGGAAGAAGCUUUAGUAUGAAAAGUUCCCUUACUUCUCAUCAAAGAAUUCACACGGGAGAAAAACCCUAUAAAUGCGUAGACUGUGGGAAAAGCUUUAGUAUGAAAAGUUCCCUUACUUCUCAUCAAAGGGUCCAUACAGGAGAGAAACCCUAUCAGUGCUUAGAGUGUGGGAAGAGGUUCAGCCACAGCAGUCAGCUUACUUCCCAUAAAAGGGUCCACACAGGAGAAAAACCCUUUAUAUGCACAGUGUGUGGAAAGAGUUUCAGCAACAGCAAUCACCUGACCUCCCAUAAAAGAAUGCACACCGGGGAAAAACCCUAUAAAUGUACGGACUGUGGAAAAAGCUUCAGUAUGAACAGUUCCCUUACCUCUCAUAAAAGGAUCCACUCGGGAGAGAAACCCUAUAAGUGUGUUGAGUGUGGAAAAAGCUUCAGUAUGAACAGUUCUCUUAGAUACCAUAAAAGGAUCCAUAUGGGAGAAAAACCCUAUAAAUGCACAGAAUGUGGGAAGAGCUUCAUCCGAAGCAGUGAUCUUGUUUCCCACAAAAGGAUCCAUACAGGAGAGAAACCCUUUAAGUGUACUGAAUGUGGAAAGAGCUUCAGUAUAAACAGUUCUUUUAAUUAUCAUAAAAGGCUCCAUACGGGAGAAAAACCCUAUCAGUGCCUGGAGUGUGGGAAGAGCUUCAGCAAGAGCAGUGUUCUUGCUUACCAUAAAAGGAUCCAUUCAGGGGAAAAACCUUAUAAAUGCAUGGACUGUGGUAAGACCUUCAAUUGGUAUGGCCACCUGACUUCUCAUAGAAGGAUUCACACAGGAGAGAAACCCUACAGAUGCCUGGAAUGUGGAAAGAGCUUUAGUCAUCGUGAUUCCCUUACUUCCCAUAAGAGGAUCCACACAGGAGAGAAACCAUAUAAAUGUAUGGAAUGUGGGAAGAGGUUCAGCAUGCAGUGUUCCCUUACGUCCCAUAAAAGGAUACAUACAGGAGAAAAACCCUAUAAAUGCAUGGAGUGUGGAAAGAGCUUCAGGGGAAGCAGUGGACUUAAUUGUCAUAAACGGAUCCACACAGGAGAAAAACCCUAUAAAUGCAUGGAGUGUGGGAAGAACUUCAGUGUAAAGAGUUCUCUUACUUCUCAUAAAUGGAUCCACACAGGAGAAAAACCCUUUAAAUGCAAACAGUGUGGGAAGAGCUUCACAACUAGUAGUUACCUGAUAUGCCACAAAAUGAUCCAUACAGGGAAAAAACCUUACAAAUGUGUGGACUGUGGGAAAAGGUUCACUACGAAAUGUUCCAUUACAGCCCAUAAAAAGAUACAUACAGAAGAAAGACCCUUUAAAUGCAAGGUGUGUGGGAAGAGCUUCAAGGGAAAGAGUUCUCUAAAUUGUCAUAAACUGAUCCACACAGGAGAAAAACCCUAUAAAUGCCUAGACUGUGGGAAGGGCUUCACCCACAGCAGUACCCUUGCUUCCCAUAAACGGGUCCACACAGGAGAAAAACCCUUUACAUGCAUGGAGUGUGGAAAGAGGUUCAGUGUAAAGAGUUCUCUUACUUCUCAUAGACGCAUCCACACAGGAGAAAAACCCUAUAAAUGCCUAGACUGUGGGAAGGGCUUCAGGCAAAGCUGUGACCUUGCUUCCCAUAAACGGGUCCACACCGGAGAAAAACCCUAUAAAUGCAUGAAAUGUGGAAAGAGCUACAAAAACAGCAGUUACCUGAACCUCCAUAAACGGCUCCACACGGGAGAGAAACCCUAUACAUGCCUGGAGUGUGGAAAGAGCUUCACUAUCAAGACUUCACUUACUUCUCAUGAACGGCUCCACACAGGAGAAAAACCCUAUAAAUGCCUAGACUGUGGGAAGGGCUUCAGCCGAAGCAGUAGCCUUGCUUCCCAUAAACGGGUCCACACAGCAGAAAAACCCUUUAAAUGCAUAGAAUGUGGAAAGAGCUUCAAAAGUAGUAUUUACCUGAUAUGCCAUAGAAGGAUCCAUUCAAGGGAAAAACCUUAUAAAUGUGUGGAUUGUGGGAAAAGGUUCAGUAUGCAGUGUUCCCUUACAUCCCAUGAAAGGAUCCAUACAGGAGAGAAACCCUAUAAAUGCAUGGAGUGUGGAAAGAGCUUCAGGGGAAGCAGUGCACUCAAUUGUCAUAAACGGGUCCACACAGGAGAAAAACCCUAUAAAUGUACGGAGUGUGGGAAGAGCUUCAGCCAAAUCGGUAGCCUUGUUUCCCAUAAACGGGUCCACACAGGACAAAAACCCUAUAAAUGCAUGGAAUGUGGAAAGAGCUUCAGUGUAAAGAGUUCUCUUACUUCUCAUAAACGGGUCCACACAGGAGAAAAACCCUUUAAAUGCAUGCAGUGUGGGAAGAGCUUCACAACUAGUAGUUACCUGAUAUGCCACAAAAGGAUCCAUACAGGGAGAAAACCUUAUAAAUGUGUGGAUUGUGGACAAAGGUUCAGUGUGAAGGGUUCCCUUACUUCCCAUAAAAGGGUACAUACUGGAGAAAAACCCUUUAAAUGCAUAGAAUGUGGGAAGGGCUUCAGAAGUAGUAAUUACCUGAUGUGCCAUAGAAGGAUCCAUUCAGGGGAAAAACCUUAUAAAUGUGUGAUUUGUGGACAAAGUUUCAGAACGAAGUGUUCUCUUACAACCCAUGAAAAGAUACAUACAGAAGAAAGACCCUUUAAAUGCAUGGAGUGUGGAAAGAGCUUCAGGGAAAGCAGUUCUCUUAAUUGUCAUACACUGAUCCACACAGGAGAAAAACCCUUUAAAUGCCUAGACUGUGGGAGGGGCUUCAGCCAAAGCGGUACCCUUGCUUCCCAUAAACUGGUCCACACAGGAGAAAAACCCUAUACAUGCAUGGAGUGUGGAAAGAGCUUCAGUGUAAAGAGUGCUCUUACUUCUCAUGAACGGGUCCACACAGGAGAAAAACCCUAUAAAUGCCUAGACUGUGGGAAGGGCUUCAGCCGAAGCAGUAGCCUUGCUUCUCAUAAACGGGUCCACACAGGAGAAAAACCCUAUAAAUGCAUGGAGUGUGGAAACAGUUAUAAAACCAGCAGUUACCUGAUCCUCCAUAAGCGUAUCCACACGGGAGAGAAGCCCUAUACAUGUAUGGAGUGUGGAAAGAGCUUCACUAUCAAGACUUCUCUUACUUCUCACAAAAGGACACACACAGGAGAGAAACCCUAUAAAUGUAUACAGUGUGGGAAGAGCUUCAGCCGAAGCAAUCAACUUAGUUUGCAUAACAGGGUCCAUACAGGGGAAAAACCUUAUAAGUGCACAGAGUGUGGAAAGACCUUUGCUGCCAGUAGGUCUCUGACUUCCCAUAAAAGGAUCCACACAGGAGAGAAACCCUAUAUAUGCCUGGAAUGUGGGAAGAGCUUCAGAUUCAACAGUAACCUUGGUUUACAUAAGAGGAUCCACAGCGGAGGGAAAUAGAAAUGUACAGAAUGCGGAAGGAGUUUUUGUGAAUGAGAAUGCUUCUCAAGAAAGAAUCCACAAUGGGCAGAAAAUAUACUGUGGACAGCAAUCAAUUUAUUUCCCUUACGGAUAAAUAUAAAAAUGAAUGGACAAAGAAGAUAGACCUUUAGGUAGUCAAGUUAAAUAUUUGGGAGUAUACGUAACAUACUUAAGUGAGAUGUGCAACAAUUAAAGGAGAUAACUAUAAAAGAUUAAUACAAUAAAUUAAAUUGGACUUGGAGAACUGGAAAACCUUGCAACUGUCAAUGAGAGGAAGAAUAAUAACCAUAAAAAUUAAUAUCCUGCUGAAGGUGCUCUUUUUGUUCCAAACAAUCCCUAUAAAAGUAGAGAGAAAAAUACUUUGAUGAGCUAAAUAAUAAUAAUAAUAACAACCUUUAUUGUCACUGAACAACAUAUGUACAAUGAGAUUGGUGGAGCUCCCUCAGUGCACCUUCCCAACGCAUUACAACUCACGGUGAAGACUUAAAAUCCCUAACCCAAUAAAUCAUACUAACAAACACCCAGUCCUAUUGCACCAGUGCAAGCAUGUUACACAUUGCACCGGCCCUGCAAGUCCAUCGUACUAUGUAGUUAUGAUGUUAUUUUGCAUUCAGGAAUCUUGACAGCCCACGGAUAAAAAACGUUUUUCAGCCUGUUCGUCCAAUUGGCUAUGCUUCUAUAUCUCCUUCCCGAUGGUAGGAGUUUAAAGAAGUAGUGACCAGUGUGAGAAUUGUCCCUGAGAAUUUUCCUCACUCUUCUAAGGCAACAAGCCCUAGUGAUCUCAUCUAGUGGUAUCAGGGACAGCCUACAAUGUUUUGUGUUCUGCUCACCACCCUCUGUAAUAAUUUUCUAUCCGCUGCUGUCAAGCCGGCAUGCCAUACCAUGAUGCAAUAAGUGAGGACGCUUUCUAUUGUGGACCGAUAAAAGGAUGUCAUCAGUUGUUGUUCCACCUUGUUUUUAUGCAAGAUCCUAAGGAAAUGGAGUCUCUGUUGGGCCUUCCUGCCCAACUGGAUCAUGUUCUUUUUCCAGGUGAGGUAUUCGCUGAGAUAGACUCCCAGGAAUUUAAAGGAGGAGACUCUACACAGCCCCACUCGAUGUAAAGUGAGGCAGGUUUCUCACUCUUCCUCCAGAAGUUCAACACCAUUUCCAUCAUUUUACUGAUGUUCAGGUGCAGGUUUUUUUUAAUCACCAUGUGGAUAGUUUUUGAACCUCCCCCCUGUGCACUGUUUUGUCUCCAUCUGUAAUAAGACCCAGUAUGGUGGUGUCAUCUGUGAACUUAAUGAUCACAGUGGAUGGGUCAGAUGAUACACAAUUUUUUGUACAGUGAAUACAGGUAGAGACUGAGCACACAACCCUGUGGGAAAUCAGUGCUAAGUUUCAGGGAGGUGAAUAUGACAGACCCAACCCUCACAGUUUGUGGCCAGUCCCUCAGAAAGUCUUUGAUCUAGUCACAAAUGGAAAGGAAAAUCCAAGUCAAUCAGCUUUUCGAUAAGGAUGCUCGGAAGAAUGGUAUUGAAGGCUGAGCAAUAGUUUUAUGAAAAACAUCCUGUCAUAGUUCCCGGGUUUCUCCAGAUGGCUCGCUAUAGAAUGUAAAGCAGUAGGUAUGGCGUUGUCUGUCCACCUAUUCCCCCUGUAGGCAAACUGAUGUUUGUCAAAGUCUAAUGGGAGGCAUGUCCUAAGGUGUUGGAGAACCAAUCUCGAAGCAUUUCAUCAGUACAGAUGUUAGUGCAAUAGGUCUGUAGUCAUUUAGGCAGUUAGUUGCUGUUUCAAGACUGGGACAAUAGUGGCUGCUUUCAAGCAUGAUGGAACACAGGCCAAUUGCAGAGAGAUGUUAAAGAUCCUUGUCAGGACCCAGCUAAUUGAUCGGCACAAUUCUUUACCACUAUCCCCAGGACCCUAUCUGGGCCUGCAGCUUUGCAAGGAUUCACAUCCUUCAAUACAGUUCUCACUUGGUGUUUGUAGAGAGGGAGUGGCUGGGAAUCAGAAGGCCGGCAGGCAGUGGCUACAGGAUCUGGUCUUUUCACCUCGUAGCGUGUGAAGGUGUUCAACUCCUCCACCAACGGGGCGUCAGUGUUGACCAUGUUCCUCGUGUUGCCCUUAUAGUUAGUUAGAUGCUAACACCUACCACAUGUGCUUCGGAUUGUUAUCUGCCAGAUACAUACAAUACAAUACAAAAAUACAAUAAUCUUGAAAUACGUUAAGCAACAAAAAAGAACAAGAAUAAGACUGAAAAUGCUGCAAGAAUCUAAUAACAAUGGGGGCUUUGGGUUGCGGAUUGGGAGCUUUAUUACCAGGCUUCUGUACUAACUUGGGUGAAAGAAUGGCUAAAUCUAAGACAUAGAAGACUACGACUGUUGAAGGGACAUGAUCUUCAAUUGGGAUGGCAUGCCUUUUUCUGGUAGGAAAAGAAUAAAAUACAUAUUUUCAUAAACACUGAUGAUCCUGGACAUGGCAUAAAGGCAACACAGCCAGAAAAUAAGUAUGAAUCCCUUUAUUAGCUCCAACUUUGUCUGCACAAUGUCCUGUUUAAUCUCCGGUCUGGAGAAAAACUCACCCACAAAUCAGUAACAGCCUUUGGCUGAAAAUACUUCAAUCCAAGCGUUAUAAGCAGAAAAUGUCCAAAUAUAAAUCUAACAAGGCAAGAUAAAGUAAUUAAUCUGGCAGGGCAAGCAAGAUAAGGAGUUCCAGAAGUAAAGUAACAUGGCAAUAAAUCAAACCAGUUGGGAGGAUGCCAGGAACUCCGAUAAAGCAAUUAACAUGACAAACUCUGUUUCUUCCCAACAACUGACCCUCCCAUUUUCCUCUCCUUUAAACUCCAUCCCCAGGUGUGCCUUGUGAAGGGAAUUGGGGCUCUUUCCUCCCACGUAAGCCAUACAACCCAUGUUGCUCUCUUCUCUAUUCUUCCCUGCAUGUCCUAGGAUGAGGAAGGGGUGGGCCUUGGUCUUCAUCUGAAUCCCCUCUCCCUUGUUCUACCUCUCCCCUGCUCUGCCCAUCUUGACUUUUCCCUUCCCCAGUUUCCUCCACAGGCAAUGGAGCCACUCUCGCUCUCUGUCAGCUGUUCAUCUUUCCCUCGGAUUCAGACUCCAACGAGGGCUUAACAGACACUAUGUAAGAAAUGCUCUACUCUUGGUAUGGGAAAAGGUUAAAGCUAAAAACUAUAUGAAAAUACCAAUUUUGCAUUCCACAAUGGAAGCACUGAUACAUCCAAAUGUUGUAAACUCGGAAAAAAUUGUAAAAUAUAAAGACAUUCUGAAUGAGGAAGGGGAACUACAAACAAAACAGGAACUACAAAACCAAGAUGUGGGCCUAGCAUGGUGGCCACACCUGCAAAUACAAUCAAGAUAUGAGAAAGAUGCAAAGACACAUGGUUUCUAUAAAGAGCCAACAACACUUGACCAGAUACUAUUAGUGAUGGAAGAAAAAUAAAUAAAGAAAAUAUGUAACAUUCUAUUCUGGAGAAACAUCUCAAGUUGGGAUGGUGAAUUGAUUGGACCAUGUGAUGGACAUGUGGAUGCAGGGAAAGAGACUUUUGACUUUCUUUUGGUUGGGGAAAACCCAGGGGGACUUUCAGAUUCAGGUUUUCCCAGAUGUGCCAAUAUGACAUCUCUAAUAAAAUGGAACUUUGAGGAAA